AUGGCCCAGUCUUCACCAUCCCACGCCAUCGAAACCGUUGACGGCGUCGAACGGUCCCCUCGUACAGGUAUCAAGGUCGUGAUAUCUGGCGCUGGCAUCGGCGGCAUGUUCGCCGCCCUCGAGUGCUGGCGCAAGGGCAACGACGUCGAGAUUGUGGAGCAGAACGCCGCCCUGUCGACCAUCGGGGACUUCUUCGCCAUUGGUCCCUCUGCCCUUUCGACGCUACAUUACUUCCCCCGGAUGCUUUCCGAAUACAACGCGACCACGUGGAACUCGCCCCUAUGGUGGUGUGAUCCAAGUGGGAAGAAGCUCAUCAGCGAACUGCCCGAGUGGAAUCGUCCCGGUGCCGCGCCGCAUGCUGCCAAAGAUGUGCCCGUUGUCGGUUUCAUCAAGCUUCGCCCCCAGAUCAUGCAGAUGAUGGAGGACCAGAUCAAGCGUCUUGGUAUUACCAUCUUCUACGGCCGCAAGGUUGUUGGCUAUGAGGAAGACGUGCCCUCUGGCAAGGCCCGCGUCCGAACAGCUAGUAACGAAGUCUUCACUGGUGACGUUGUGGUCGCUGCUGAGGGCAUCGGCACCAGAUCUCAUGAGAUUGUCACUGGCGGCCCGGUACCUUUCGUUCCUAGCGGAUAUGCGAUCAUAAGAGGCGCUUUCAGUCCUACUCUCAUUGCGCCUAACUCAAAGGGCGCCGAGCUCUUGCUGCAUCCCGGCCAGACUCCCGAGGUCCGCACUUAUUUCGGAGAGGACAUGCACUUGAUUACGCUCUUCACCCACGAAAAGGUAGGCCUUGCCUUUACGCACAAGGAAGACGGCAGUGCCAAGGAGUCGUGGAGCCAGACCAUCCCGGCCGACGAGCUCAUUGCUAUGUUCAAGGACCGCACCAACUGGGGGGAGCAGAUCAUCGACUUCGUGAACCAGGUGCCUCCCGACACGCUCAUCGACUGGAAGCUCACAUGGCGCGACCCCCAGCCCGUGUGGGCAUCCAAGGGCGGAUGUAUCAUCCAGCUCGGUGACGCGGCGCACGCUUUUCUGCCAUCGUCUGCCAACGGCGCGACGCAAGCUAUGGAGGACGGCAUCUCUCUAGCCGAGUGCCUCCACCAGGGAGGCAAGGAACGCGUGUCUUGGGCGACUAAAGUACACACGAAGCUGCGAUACCAGCGGGUGUCGGUCAUCCAACAGGUCGGUAUCGUGGCCCGUUACUCGCUGCAUCACAUCGACAUGAGUCUGCUCAACGAGGGCAAGAACCCGUUCGAGGACGCCUUUCACCUCGGCCGCUGGAUCUGGCAGCAUAAGCCGGAGGACUAUGCUCGCCAGCAGUUCGCAGCGGCGCUGGAUCAUCUCCAGACUGGCGCGCCGUUUGAGAACACGAAUCUGCCUGAGGGACACGUGUAUGAGGACUGGCAUGCCAAGAGUGAGUUGGAGAAGCAGGCGGCGGGCAUGCCGUCGCAGCUCAUGUCCAACGGUGACUGGAGCAGGUAG